GUGAGCUCAGCCCUCUAGUCCUCGCUGUCUGUAUCGAUGAAGUUGUUUCAAAGAUGGCGGAUUUCCUGCCGUCCCGCUCCGUUUUAUCUGUAUGUUUCCCUAACUGUCUCCUCACAAGCGGCGAGGUAGAACAGUUGCGGAAAUCUAAAGAGAUAGAUAAGUGUAUUAAUCGAGAUAAGACUUAUGUAAAACGACUAGUAAAGAUCCUAUUACUUGGAGCAGGCGAGAGCGGCAAGUCCACUUUCCUCAAGCAGAUGCGCAUUAUCCAUGGGCAGGACUUCGAUCAGAAGGCCAAAGAAGAAUUCAGAGCCACGAUUUUUAGUAAUGUUAUAAAAGGUAUACGAGUGUUGGUGGACGCUCGAGAGAAGCUACACAUCCCAUGGGGCAACCCGUCCAACCAGCGGCACGGAGACACCAUGAUGGCGUUUGACACCCGGUCAAUGAUGGCUCAUGGUCACGGCAUGGUGGAGCCCAAAGUUUUUCAGCACUACCUGCCAUCCAUCCGUGCCCUGUGGGCCGACCAGGGCAUCCAGAACGCCUACGACCGCCGCAGGGAGUUCCAGCUGGGGGAGUCAGUCAAGUAUUUCCUGGACAAUUUGGAAAAGCUCGGACAGUCGGACUACCUCCCCACCCAACAGGACAUUCUCCUGGCCAGAAAGCCCACUAAGGGCAUCCACGAGUAUGACUUUGAGAUUAAGAACGUGCCCUUCAAGAUGGUGGACGUGGGCGGUCAGCGCUCCGAGAGGCGGCGCUGGUUUGAAUGCUUUGACUCCGUUACUUCCAUCCUCUUCCUCGUCUCCUCCUCUGAGUACGACCAGGUGCUGAUGGAGGACCGGCAGACCAACCGACUGAGCGAGUCCCUCAACAUUUUUGAGACCAUUGUCAACAACCGGGUUUUCAGCAACGUCUCCAUCAUCUUGUUCCUGAACAAGACAGACCUGCUGGAGGAGAAGGUGAAGCAGGUAUCCAUCAAAGACUACUUCCCCGAGUUCUCGGGCAAUCCCACAAGCCUUGCAGAUGUCCAGCGCUUCCUGGUGGAAUGCUUUCGCAAAAAGCGCCGCGAGCAGCAGCAGAAGCCACUGUACCAUCACUUCACCACGGCCAUCAACACUGAGAACAUCCGGCUGGUGUUCCGUGACGUCAAGGACACCAUCCUUCACGACAACCUCAAGCAGCUGAUGCUGCAGUGAGGGGACUGACCGAGGAGGCGGAGGAGGGAUGGUGGAGGCAGACGGAAAGUUGGAUGUCAAGGUGCCUUCUCCCUUACCCUCCCCGCCACCACCAGCCCGUAAGGGGAAUGGGCAGUGUCACUUUUGAACUUUGACUGUGUAUUAAAGCCACCACUACUACCGCCAUUCCCCCCUCCCAUCCACGCUUGCUCUCUGCCUUACUGAGCUUGUUCACUGUGACUUAUAACAGCUGCCUUUGGCUCAGAGCCCCAACCGCUCUCUGACCCUUCAAACCACUGUAAAUGACCUCUAACCCCCCCACGCCACCACACACACACACACACACACACACACACACACACACACACACACACACACACACACACACACACACACAUACACAUAUACACAUAUACACACACACUCUGCAGUGGACCUCCCUGACAUCUUUUAUAUUCUCCCUCUGUGUUGCUUCUGAUUCACACACACACACACACACACUGUCCUUUUUUUCCCCCCUUGUGCUGCUCUGACCACUGUUGAUAGGGAGGCAGGGGGGCUGGUUUUAAAUUGGUGUUUUUGAGUAGCUGUCAAAGCCACCUGCGGGUGCCGGUGAUAUCAGCAGCUGAGCAACUGUUGCCAGGUGUUGCCUUCCUUUGCAGAACUCUUUUGUUUUUGUCUUUGGCUUUACAUCUGUUUCCACUGGCGCUUGGUGAUGACAUCACUGGGCUGGGGUGGGGAUUUCCUCUUAGAGCAGUGGAACAGGAAAGAACAGAACUAGCGCGCGCACACACACACACACACACACACACACACACACACAGAUAGGAAUUCCUGCAUCUAAGUCCACUUAAUUCUAGUUCUCUAAUCAUUUUGUUUCUUUUUCUAGUUUAUGAAUAUACUGUAUGUACCUAUGCAUUUUUCUUUAACUUAUAUUUUAUAGGGGUUUACACUUAGUCGAUUUGUGACUGCUGAUGGACUCUGUUACAGUUGAUUAGGGGAGGGCUGAUGAGAGAGCACAGACACAAACAAAUAGACCACUUGUAAAAUAAAACAGUGCUAUCAGGCUAGCUAGUGCAGGGCUAAGAGUGACAAGUCGAAUUUAGCCUUUUCUCAGGGCACACUGUGAACCACUCUGUGAAUCAAAACCAACCAGAACUCUCAUGCUUCUGCCCUUCCACGAGUCAAAUAAAGAUUUUAUGAGGUCUUUUCUCUCUAUGUGUUAGCAGGAAAAAAACUCAAGUCAUCAUGCUUCUAAAGCAAAACUCUGGCCAUCUUUAACCUGGAGCGUAUGUUACCAUUACGGUCUGGACUAAAAGACACAUUUCAUUUGUAUAUAGAUGUAUUAUCUGAAUGACACCAUCUGGCCACAGACCUUUGCGUUUACACCUGGUAUUGAUAAGUUGUGUUAUCUCAAUUCUUUUCAUUUUGUUUUGAUAAUUGAUCAUUUACACAAUUUUAAGCAAAGAUUCCAAAAUUUGAUGGUUGUAAGUUCUAGUCUUACAUUUUAGUAAAUAAUAUAUACAUAAUCUCAUAAUAAUUCUUAGUUGUCAGCCCUGAUUGGAUCUCUGUAUUUAAAUUAGACCUCCACACAGCACCCAACAUAACUUUGGAACCAAAGACUUGCUGGGUCAGAGCAUCUAGGAGCCCAAGACCUAAACUUGGGGCCAUUGCUAUCAGUGUUUAGACCCCUAAGGAGGUAGGCGGAGCUGACAGACCUGUCACCAAAGCUGGGGGGUUGCUCAAAAGAGUCCCAUCUCCGAACACCACAUCUGGAUGACUUCCUGGACCACAUUCAGAUAUGGUCAGCAUAUCUGGUAGCAUUCCUAUUGCUGUGUUUUCUCUCUGUCUGCAUUCGUUUGUUUUUCCAUCUCUGGUUAACAUAAUCCACAUACAGAUCACAUGGUAUUACCAGUGUUACGCUGGGUCUGUGGUGCACUUCCAUUGAGAAAUUCAGUUUUCAUCUUACUUGCCUUGCUACAUCAGCUCUUUGUUGCUGGGCUACUGGACAAUACUAAAAUCACCUAAAACCCCCUCUUUAAUGAAAACAUAAAUAUUAACUCGUGCUCUGGCAGUUGACUGCAGCUGCGUCUGUCAGUAGUGCGAACAACAGUAGAAGUGGUGCGGUCAUAGUAGACUGAGCAGAUGUCCAGUGUGCAUCUGCAUCAGCUGUACUGCAGAGGCAAGCAGGACACGAACAUCUUCAAGUGAACACUGCUGAAUCCAUCACUGCAGAGAUCCCGGUGUUUUCAGUGAUACAGAUAUGUCAGGUCUGAAGUUUAGGGCAAAUGAUCCACAAGGUGUAGCCUGAAAAAUGUCACACCCUCUAACAUAAGGUUACUCUCAGGUGGAGACCCCACAUGUCCCAAACUGUUUCUUUUCAGGAAAUGGAAAAAAAAAAAACUAACAUUUUUAGAAAUAAUUGAACACAGUGUUCACAGUCAGUAUUGUGUCUUUGGAUAGAUAUUUGUAAAGCCCACAGAUGAAUGUAAACCUUGGCCAAUAGCAUUGGUUUAUGGAAAAAAAAACAAAUGAUGAAGUAUGGAGAUAGGAGGUCUUUUCCUGACAGUGACAAUAAGUAUGGUAGUUUGACUGUUGGAAGUGUUUUGCUACCGUGACCAUUAUCGCCUCAAUUAACUGUUACUUGAGGGGUGAUGAUGGCUGACGUGGUUGAGGUUGAAAAUGGCCAAAUUUAUAACUGAAGGCCCGUGGAAUCUCACACCAGGCCUGUAUGUUUUAUCUCUCCACUGUAUCUUAACCACCUUAAGUGUUGUGUAUUGUGCUACAAGUGACAAGGUGGCUCAGUUUUUUUACUGUCUCAGAUCUGUUUUAUUUUCCAAAAGGUACCUGUUAGUGCUGUCCAUCUUUCCCCUUCUUCACAUCCUAACUUAAAAAGAAAAGGGAUAAAGCCAGCCUGUAUUGUUACUGAUGAUCCUCAGCAGUUGGUGUCUGCUGGCUGCUCUCACUGUUGUGUACAGGUUAUGUAUAGUUCACAUUGUCCUCUUAACUUCUUCUCUAAAGUCAAAUUCAUUCACUCAUUAUGUAUCUCUCACACCAACCUCACUCUCAUUUCUAACAGCUGAUGUAACCCCCCACACCUGUUUGUAUUUAUGACCAUGAGUGUUUAUUUUUAUUUGAUUUUAUUUUCAUUUUUGGAUGGUGUUUUAUUUAAAACAAAAGCAGGUGUUCAGUGGCCUGUCUUAUGGUGUUUUAGGGGACAGCCCCAUUAAUCAGCUUCCUCCACAUGUGUUGAGAACAUGAACACUGAUGUCCCCCAGAUUUCCGGCUCCACUGGUUCAUGCUAACACUUUGUCAUACAUUGAACGAUAAUCACCAGGUUGAUAAAAGUGUAUAACACAAGUUACAGAUGAAAUGAAGCUGACCUUUGGUUGAGCUGUUACAUCCCCCCCCACCCACCCACUCCACCACUACCUUUAAACAUGGCUGACAGAGAGGCUUUUACUGUUUUCGGUGUCACAACAAACAGGUCUUGUGUUUGUGUGGGAACACAGGCAUUCUGCAUACAUAAGCAUAGCCACAACAUGUUUUUUUAUUCUUAUCUUUAUGGUUGUUUUAAUUCCUAAUGGCAGCUAAUCACUAAAAAGACUGAAUAACCCUGUUUUAGCUUGAACAUGGCUCAGUUACCCCCCCGACUGCUUAUCUAUACUGGAGCCCCCUUUGGUCUUGUGUCUCUGUUUUAAUCAGUGCAGGUGGAAUAUCAGACCGAGUUUUCCUUGUGUGACUGUGACCUAUGGAACCUCUGAGGGGACAUGAGCCAGACCAAGAAACUGUCUGGUGAGCACCAGAAACUUGAAGGAAGGUUUUUGCUCAUGUGUUUUUAGGGGCUUAGUAAUGACCCAAACACUUACACUUACAGACUUAAAAAUUUAACAGUGAUUUUAAGAUGGUCGACAGAGACUGUAAAGAAUACCCGAGUCUCUAAUGAAGUAAGUCAUGAAAAGUGGAUUUACCUUUUUUGCUUCAUGCUGUUUAGGUAUUCUGACAUCUACCGGUGUCCAUCCAUUUCUGAACACUAUGAAAAUGAAUAUGCAGAAAAACAAUGCUGACGCCAUGGUCACUGUAAUGGAUUACACAGUUCACACAGUUCAUUUUCUUUUGUAAAUGAAUGGGCUAAAACACACUGAUAUUCUUCUCUUACCUACAGCUAAUCCAGUAGAUUAGUAUAAAAUAUAACAACAUCAGCUGCUGUGUGUGUGUGUGUGUGAGCUGCUGCAACUGAAGGCAGAAAACAGUUUUCACACAGCUCAGCUCACAGACUUCAGUUAGUCACAUGAUUAGUUGCCUCUUCUCUUUGGGUCACGCAUUUCAGUUUUAUUUCUGUUUACGUCACAGUCAUUGUGUUCCUCUCUUCUCAGUUUGAUACUGGACUCACUGCAGCCCUGAUAUUUCCCCACCAUUUAGAUUUAGCUUUGAGGUUGUUAUUGCCUUAAUCAGUGACAUGAAGGGGAAAUGGAAACAGACCAAAAAGGAGUCUGCCCUUACUCACUGUGUGUGCUAGCAUGGAGCAGUGAAGUCACAUGGUUGAUUUGUGGUAUGUCUGUGUGUGUGUGUUCCCAACUCUAAAAGAGGAAGUUGACCAACAGGACUGGCUAUCAAAACCUCUGUGAAUUCUUUAAGUUGUGCAGUGCCAGUCAGCAUGAUUCUCCCUCCGUCAGUCUGUCUGCAUUGGGAUGAAGCAGUCCUGUGUAUGUCUGUGUGUGUGUGUGUGUGUGUGUCUGUGUCUGUGUCUGUGUCUGUGUCUCACACAAACACACUGUGUCCUGUCUGAAGCCUAAAGCCAGCAGAGGCCUCAUUGUCUGGGUUCAGACCGUUGUGUCAUGUCAUCACUUCAGGCCAGAAGAAAGCAUGUAGUUACACAAACACACACACACACACACACAACACGAGGUCCUGUUGUGCCACAAGUCAUGGCAGCACAGGCCUGAUUCAGCCUCUGUCAGUGCUGAACAAACUUGGUUUUGAUUAUUGGAGCACAGACAGUUUACUGUUACACAGGAACAUGAGCAGAUGGGUGAGCGACGAUGUCCCACACGCUGUUACACUGUCUCUGCUCUUUAAUGGAGCCUGUGUGAUGUCACAUGUUUCCACUGUGUAGGAUCAGGACUCCACAGUCUGACAGGCGCUCAGCGUUGAGUUGAUGCCUGCAGCAAAAAGGAGCCACAUCCUCUCAUAGCACUUACUUUUUCAACCGUCUUCCUACACCUGAUGGAUUCACAACAGAAUCUGGACUUAAUGGAGGAAAAAAGGAAAAAAAAAAUAGUUCUGAGAUUGAUGAUCAAAUUCAGAAUUUGAACAUUUAGAUCAGCAUUGCAGGAGGAAAAUAUUCCUAGGUUAAAGCGCCAAAAUGAAUUAGAAUCUUUCUGGAACAUUAUGCAUAAUGAAGUAAAAGGUACGCUUUGCAGCAUGUCAGAGCUUUCAGCCGCACUUCACAGGCUCUUCAUCAGUGAAUGCAGUCAGGCUGUAAUUCAGCUCUGACCCCAGUCACUGUGACUGGACAGAGACUCUCUGCUCUCAUGAGUCCAGAGCGACACAUGAAGACUGGGAGACGUGUUUAAAAGCUGUGACAGAGCAGCUAAGCAUUCAUUUGAGUGUAGAUCAUUGUGAGGUUAAACUUGUUUUCUAAGGGGGAAAAAAAAAAAUCACAAUCUCAGAACAUUUUCUUUUUUCCCCACAUUUUUUUCCCCUCUCACAGACAGACCGAUGGUGGCUCUGCUGUAAAUGACUGGCAACUGUUUUUUUGACUCCUUAAAGGGUUCAGUAUGCUUUAAACAAACACGCUUGUAAGACAUGUCGUUCAGCCAUGUCUAAAAGGAAAAGUGUUGUCAGUGUCCACAGUGGAGGUGGUGUGAAAAGCCUGCCAUAGUGGCCUUCUCCAGACCGCACCACACUCCCCUCUCCAUCUCUCUCCAAGAGCUCUCUGCCUUUUGCAUGUCUUUGUAAUUUUAGCACCAUGAAUCAGAAAAAAUGAGACAGUCAGUGGUUCAGAGUAUUUAUGCUGUUGCCCUCUGUUGUUGCCUAGAAAAUAACAGAAGUAGUUGUGUGAAGAUGGAGUAAAAGAGCUGGAGAGAAAAGUUAAAAAGUAACCCUGCCUACUGCUGUGCACAAUGGACCAGUCACUGUGUAAGGUGGACUUUAUAUUCUAAUUGUCUUUGACCUGACACUUUGUUUAAAGCAUACUGAAGUGUGUCCAAAGUGCUCACACCAAGCUAAAUAUCUGCCUUAAAUCCCAGACAGGUUAGUCUCCGUUGUUAUCUUUGUGCUCAGGAGCUGUGUGUGUCUGUGUGUGUGUGUUGGACUGUGGUCCAGGUGACUGCCGCUAUUUUGUAUCUGAGUCAGUGCAGUCACAUGUUCACCAUCUGCCUUCCACCAUGACACAUUGAUUUGUCACCAGAUCCUGAGAUAGAGUGAUUUCAGGACUGCUAGUGUUCUGUGCCGAGAUCUGAUCUGGGACCAGAGUAGACCUGGUUCCAGCCAGGAGGCCUUGUUUGGUUUCUGCUCCUUAAGCUUCAUGUCGAGCACCGUCUCCGUGACCCUGCCUUUGACUUUGCCUUGUAACGUUUCAGUGAUAGUGGUUUCGUACACUGCGUCCUGUGUGUUCUGUGAAUCUGACAUCGAUGUUGUAACUGAAACAGAAUGAAUCAAAAAACACUUUUAAAAAAAGUGUUUGGUUGUAAAUACUUGUGAGAGGAAACCAGUGUCACCUUACAUAGUCCAAACUAUGCAACAGCACUGCUCCACAGCCAUGACUUGGUAUUAUGUUGUGUUAAAAAAUAAUCAUGAUCUCACUGACUGAUGAUUUAAUACCAGUGUUUUAUAGAAAUAUGUCUGUAAUCACAUCAGGAAAAAUGAUCUGCCAAAUAUACUGAUGUUUAGUGCCUCCUUUUCCAAGCUCUGCCUCUACUGUCCAAUCAUGUUAACAAAGGUUUAUACUGUGUCUUAGGUUUGUUUGUCUGUUUUUUUUUUUUUUUUUAAAUUAUGCCACACAAGCAGUCUGAUGUCCUCAUACUAAGAAAUUCACAUAAAACAUUUCUCUUCCCAGUUUUGGUAUUUUCAGAUAGACAAGCUUUCAAUGUACAGUCUAACUUAUGCUGUUUUACCCUUCUACUCUCCUAAAUAAAUCCAUCUGUUUUUUUUUUUAAA